UCGUAAGAAAAAAUAGGACCUAUGCAUUACUGGUUGCCACUAAAUGCUACAGAAUGAGUACAUAAACAAGCCUGCAAAUCUGCAAUGCUAUCCUGAUUCCUGAGUGAGCAGUCUUACCCUCAACUUAACUAGCUCCCAGUAACAACCUCGACGUCCGGUAUCUAUUUCAUCCCAUAAGAAACAAUAGUAUGCGAUUCACUAUCGUUUUCUUCUGCCCUGCCGGCCAAACUAACCAACGCCGCAAGAAGCUAAGCGCCAAACUUUAACACAACUAGAUAGAUCCCAUAGCCACACAACGAAUCAACCACCUAUCGACCACUCUCACGUUAAUUCUAAUAAAUAUAAUGUGAGGCCCUCUCACUCUCACCCUCUCUCACAUCACGUUAAUUUGUCUACUCCAGACAUCCCCCUCCCUAGUUCACUUUUUAGUCAUGGAAUUCUGGUCGGAAUCCGAUUCCGGAAGCAGCGGACCUUGGAGCGUGGUGAUCACGCUCUCCCUCGUUGUCCUUUGGUACGCGUGGCUCUACUUCAAGAGUUCAGACUCUAACUCGCCGCUGCCGCCGGGUCCACGCCCUCUCCCAUUGGUCGGGAACCUUCUCUCUCUGGACCCGGAGCUCCACUCUUACUUCGCGGGCCUGGCCCACACCUACGGCCCAAUCUACAAGCUCCGCCUCGGCACCAAGCUCUGCAUCGUCGUCACCUCCCCCUCCGUCGCCCGCGAGGUCCUCAAGGACCAUGACGUCACCUUCGCCAACCGCGACGUCCCCGCCGCCGGCCGGGCCGCCUCGUACGGAGGAUCCGACAUCGUGUGGACCCCGUACGGCCCGGAGUGGCGGAUGCUGCGGAAGGUCUGCGUGCUCAAGAUGCUCAGCAACACCACGCUCGACUCGGUCCACGAGCUGCGGCGGAAGCAGGUCCGGCGAACGGUCGGGUUCUUCUACGGUCGGGCCGGGUCGCCGGUGGACGUGGGCGAGCAGAUGUUCCUGACGGUGAUGAACGUGAUCACGAACAUGCUGUGGGGCCGGACGGUGCAGGACGAGGGCGCGGGGCUCGGGGCGGAGUUCCGGCAAGUGGUGGGGGAGAUGACGGAGCUGCUGGUGAAGCCGAACGUGUCGGACUUCUAUCCGGGUUUGGCCCGGUUUGACUUGCAAGGCGUGUUCAAGCAGAUGGAGGGCUUAGGGAAGAGGUUCGACGCGAUAUUCGAGAGAGUGAUAGAUCAACGGCUGAGGAUGGAGAAGGAAGGCGCGAAGGAGGAGGGGAGUAAAGAUUUUUUGACUUUUUUACUGCGGUUAAAAGAGGAGGGAGAUUCCAAGACGCCGUUUACUAUGACUCACCUCAAAGCCUUGCUUAUGGAUAUGGUUGUGGGCGGGACGGACACAUCCUCCAACACAAUUGAAUUUGCAAUGUCGGAAGUUAUGAACAAACCAGAAGUGUUGCAAAAAGUCCAGCAAGAAUUAGAAGCUGUAGUUGGCAAAAACAGCAUUGUAGAAGAGUCUCACAUUCACAAGCUACCGUACUUAUAUGCAGUGAUGAAAGAAACACUGCGCUUGCACCCAGUCCUGCCUCUAUUAGUCCCACAUUGCCCAAGUGAGACAUGCACUGUGGGAGGCUAUACCAUUCCAAAGGGGUCUAGGAUUUUUGUUAAUGUUUGGGCUAUACAUAGAGACCCUUCUAGUUGGGAAAACCCAUUGGAGUUUGAUCCAACUAGAUUCUUGGAUAGUAAAUGGGAUUACAGUGGGAGUGACUUCAAGUAUUUUCCUUUUGGGUCUGGAAGAAGAAUAUGUGCAGGGAUAGCAAUGGCUGAGAGGAUGGUGAUGCAUUCUCUUGCUACACUGCUGCAUUCUUUUGAUUGGAAACUGCCACAGGGAGAGAAGUUGGAUCUUUCGGAGAAGUUUGGUAUUGUAUUGAAGAAGAAGAUACCUUUGGUUGCCAUCCCAACUCCAAGGUUGUCAGAUCCAGCACUCUAUGAGUAGCCGACAAGGUGCGUUGUUGAUAAUCAUUAGGUGAAAAUAUCAUGAACUAAUGCUCUCUGAUAUCAACUUCUGUUAGGCACACAAAGGUUCGAUGAGAUACUCGUAUUUAUCCUUGAGAACAUAGUCAAAUUAAUCAUAAUUUAUGUUGCAUUGUAAUCUUCUUUUGGGAGUAGAGAUCCAUUAUAUAUAAAGAUUGUGAAUAAGAUCAAAAGAUAAGACUUUUUUUGUC